AUGGGAAAAUCUAUCACAGCGAAGGCAUCCUCGGCGAUGACAAAAAAGUUGGGCGUGUCUAAGAUGAAAACGACCUCUGUGGCUAAAAAGGCGGUAAAAAAACGAGUUGAAAUUGACCUACAACAGCCUAAAGACAGGGAUCCCAUCAAUUCCAAGCUGGUGUCUGAAACCCAGACUGAAGAGAAGCGUGUUGCUGAUGACAAUGAAGUGCAAUGCUUGGCUGAUGAGAUUGAGGCAACACAAAUUGCAGAACGAGAAGCUCGCAGGAGUGGGCAUUAUGACAGCAUUGUUCCAAACUUGUCAGAGGGGUGGAUGCAGAAUUUAUAUUCAGGAGAUGCUGUCGACGAAGCAUUGGAACGCCAUGACCGUAUCCAUACGGGUAACGCGCUUUUUAUUGCGUGGGAAGAACGUUUUCCGGGCGCUUGGAACCAACCUUGCCUCCGGUAUGACGAUCCUUUUAACAAUAAUACAGGGACAGCAACUUGUGAAGAUCAUUUUGCCCGCAUUUUCACAUCGAUGAAUUUGGAUAACAGUCAAUUGACUAAGUACCUCAUUGCCGCAUUUGACACUGAAACGAUGGAGUUUGAAGAUAAACUGGAUGACAACCAUUUCUUUUCAGGCGAAAUGAACAAUCCACGUCUAUGCUUGGAGCAUCCCUUGGUGGGCUUUUGGUUACUACUAAUUUGCUCCAAAUUGUUUGACUAUCCUUGGAUUAAUGAGUUUCUGUUGGAGUAUUACGACGACCCGCCAUCUGCAAUUGUUGACGCAAUCAAACAAAGGAGAAGUGACAAGUCCAAGAAAGCUCCUCCAAACCAAGAACUAGUGAAGGAACCGGAUCCGCCUUGUAUUCAAAAAAUAUACGAUUCAAUGUAUUCUAUUGACAAACCAGGCACGGAUGUUCAACGCAAUUCCGCCAGCUCCGCGGGCAAAACUCAAAUCGCUUUGCAUCUCUACAAAGUGACAAUGACUCGUCCGACGGUAGUGGAAGUCAAGAGUUUGACGCGAGCGAACAUUGUGGAUGACGCAAUGGAGGAAGACGAUGAUGAUGAACGGGUCAAUAGCGAUGGGAAAAAUCCGCACGAUGAGGCCAUGGACGACAACACUUCACCGUUGAUUUCCCACAACCUCACGGCAACACAAGACUCAGCAGGUACAGGGACCCUUAUGGAGCCCUCGGAAACAACUCCUCCUUGUGUUCAACGUCCUUCAACACUGGCCAAACGGAUCUCAAACCUCAUUCAGGUGAAUAUGGAAGGCGUACCAGGCAAGUGUCACAUCUUUGAGACUACUUUCUCUGUGGACUAUCAAAGGUUGGAUUCAGGAACUGUGGCGGAGGCUUCUGCCAAGGCCGUCCAAGACUACCUUCAUACCGGACUACGUCAAUUGGGUAGAGGCGCUGGGUGCUACCCUUCUCCGUUGCAGUAUGGAGAAAUUGUGAAGAUCGGAUCAUGCUCGUUUAUUCCUGCAGAAGUCAACUUCUCAGCUAAUGCAAAGGAGCUGAUGAGACUAUUUGAUUUUGAAGUACCUAUUGGUAUCAAGAUGGACUGGAUUUCUAUUCCGUACAUGGGCCGAGCAAAGUGCGAUGAACGGUCCCCUGGAGUGACUAGUCCACAUUGUUUCACUUGGAGGAUUCAUGCCAAGAGAGUUGAUUGCACUUUGAGGUUGAUUCUCCACCCAGCAAGUGCAAAACCUGACUUUCCAUUCGCAGCACCGGCCACCUACAUGAGUGAUUGGAAGUUGGCGCAACAAGGAUUGCUGAGUGUCAAGGCCUACGGUCUGGUGAAGGAUGCGAUCCUGACCUUGAUCAGAAAGUUACGGGAUUACUACAUUUUGACGGAUGUUCUUUAUCCAGGCAUCAACUUCACUGGAAUUUUCAAAUUUGCUACUACACGGUUGUACGGUUCUUGCACCCUGUUCAAACUGCUCUUGUCUAUCAAGGCCACUCCGGCCCAGGCUGAUCAAGCUUUCACAGCUGGCAAAGACAAACCCUCUCCAACAACUGCCAAUGACGACUCAUCUGAAGAGGAGGACAACAAUGAAUCUCAAGAGGGAGCGGUUUCUCUAUCCGGGGCAUUCACAAAGGUGACAAAGAAGAAGAAGAAGAAGAAAAAGAAGAAGUUGCCCCUUCCGAUAACCUCAAGAAUCAUUUUCUCAAAGAUCUGUCCACUCUUCUUGAUGAUCCUUCCUGGAGAAAUGGAAGGCUCUUACAUCUUUGUAUGUCACAAGAAGUACGGUCAGUUGGCUCGAAACAUGUUGAGAGGGAUAGUUCCGUUCUUGAUUCAUCACCUGUGCGAACUUACCGAUAUGCAAGCUGAUCGAGUCUUGGGUAAAUGGAUAAAUGGAUUCCCAAAUCAGAGAUCCAGGCAACGCGUUUCGACCAAGGUGGAGGAAGCUCUGGAGUUUUUGGACGAUGUGAUUGAAGACACCACCAAUGUCUACCAAGGUCAACUCUCAAUUGAUAUGGAUAUGGCGAACGCCAAGGAUAUUGACAAUGGACAAACGGUCACGGGGAUGCUUGAUGAAAUGCAAGAACGUGAACAACAACUGGAGGAUGCCUUUUUGGAAAUCGAAGCUUGUGACAACGCCUUGGCGGCUAAAGAUCAGGCCCUGGCUCAGCAGAAGGCCAAAAUUACGGCCCUCCAAGCCCAACUUGACGCUCUUCAACGUCAAACAGUUCACCACUUGGCCAUCAACUUGCAACCACUUGCUCAAAACAAUGAGGUCUCUCCACAUUGGUCCAAAUUUACUACGCCACCAAAAAAGAGGAAAAGCAAGGAUAUACUUCCACGGUUAAGAGGAGCGUUGACAGGUCUACGGCUGGUCUUAAGCCGCCCACUAAGUCAACUUGCACCAGCACGUCUGUUCACUUCCAGCAGCCGAAGCAGCGGUCUCAGAAAAAGUCUCAGGAGACUGCCUUGGCAACGACCACCGCUGUCGCCCUUCACUAGCUACUUGCGUCACCUUCCAGAACCUUAA